AUGUCGUUAAAAGUUGUCGCGUACGGCGUUCACGUGCGGACAGCGGUCGCACCCGAUGGCCCCGGCGCGGCGCUCGAGACCCGCUCCACGGCGCAAGGGCUCGAGGUCAACGUUGACAACAUUGCAAUGCGCGGCGGCGACCCCGUCGUCGUCAUCGCUUUCGUACUGCCUACAGCCUCGGGGGACAAGGUGGAUGGCUCGGUCACGGUACAGAUCAACCAGCUGCCGCAUGUCCGCCGCCGUGGAUGGCUAUCGCUCGAACCGUCGAUCGAGGGGGUGCUCGCGUACUACUUGCUUGACCCCGAGUCCGCCGGCACGGUCAUCCUCUUCCGCAACCCCGGCACACGCGAUUUCCUGGCCCAGCUCAACGACAACACGCCGAUCGGUGACCUGACCCUCCCCGGCACCCACGAGUCAUGUGCCCUCUACGGAUUCUUCAUCUCCCAGUGCCAGCAAACGGCUACCCCGGUCGCCCAGCAGCUCAUCGACGGCGUUAGAUUCCUCGACGUACGCUUAAAGGUUGAGAAGGGACGCCUUGAGACGUACCACGGCAUCCGCCCAGAGCGCUCCACCCUCAAGGCCGAGCUCGACGCCAUCGAGUCCUUCUUUGUCCAGCACCCACGCGAAACCGUCAUCGUCUCUAUCAAAGAAGAGACCCCGCCCUGGCACCCCGACUUUUCGCAAAUGGUGUACAACGAGUUCAAGUCGUAUGGCGACCGUUGGCGCUUUGCCGAGACCGUGCCGACGCUCGGGGAGGCCCGCGGCAAGGGCAUCAUCUUCACGCGCUUCGAUCGCAGCAACGACAACGAAUGGCCAGAGGGCAUGGGCAUUCACCCGACAACAUGGCCCGAUUCCCGGCGCGAGGGCUUCGAAUGGGAUUGCAAGGGAACGACAGUCAAGACGCAGGACUGGUACCGCGUCGACUCGUUUAUCGAGAUUCCUGAAAAGACCGAAGUAGUCAUCAACUCGUUGGCGCCGACGCUCAGCCCCCAGCAAGGCUUGCCGUGGACCAUAUCGUUCGCCUCGGCAUCUAGAUUUCCAAUGGCCCCACCGCAGUGGAUGGCCAAGGGGGUUGGGUUCCCGACGUGGGGUCUCGGCGUCGACGGCGUGAACGGCAGAGUCACCAAGUGGUUACUCGAGCAGGCGGCGGCUGGCAAGAGGCCCCGGGCCACGCUCUUGACCGACUUUUAUCACCAGGCGGGCGACGGCAGCGCCAGCAUCGCCGAGUUACUCGUCGCGCUCAACUUUAUCAACAACUAA